CCCCUCCCAAAAUCGUUCCAUCGCACAAACCUGGGGGGGGCAGGAGGGGGGGUCCCUUCCGAUCCUCCCUCCUGACGCCCCCCCCAGCAGGCCCCCUCCCCCACCAUUGAAAGCCAUGAAUUUUGAAUUUGAGAGGGAGAUUGGGUUUAUAAACAGCCAGCCAUCGCUCGCCGAGUGUCUGACUUCCUUCCCCGCUGUCUUGGAGACAUUUCAAACUUCAUCAAUCAAGGAGUCGACAUUAAUUCCUCCUCCUCCUCCUUUCGAGCAAAUCUUCCCCAGCCUCCAGCCCGGCGCCUCCACCCUUCAGAGACCCGGGAGCCAAAAGCAAGCCGAAGAUGGGCCUGCUCUGCUGCCACCGCCGCCGCUCCCCACCGCCCCCCCAGCCCCCGAGUUCCCCUGGAUGAAAGAGAAGAAAUCCGCCAAGAAACCCAGCCAAUCCGCCGCGUCCCCUUCCCCGACUGCCUCCUCCGUCCCGGCCUCGGGGGUCGGAUCGCCUGCAGAUGGCCCCGGACUGCCCGACUCGGGCUGCGGCGGGGCGCGCAGGCUGCGCACCGCCUACACCAACACGCAGCUGCUGGAGCUGGAGAAAGAAUUUCAUUUUAACAAGUACCUGUGCCGGCCUCGUCGGGUGGAGAUCGCGGCCUUGCUGGACCUCACCGAAAGGCAGGUCAAAGUCUGGUUCCAGAACCGGCGCAUGAAACACAAGAGGCAGACGCAGCACCGAGAACAGCCCGACGGGGAGCCAGCCUGYCCCGGUGUCCUAGAGGAAAUUGGAGACCCAGCUGAGGAACCAGCGGCCAGCCCGGGAGGCCCCUCUGUUUCUCGCGUGGUGCGGGAAGCCUGCCUUUAUCCCGCCGAAGUGGCGCCGGGCCCCCCAGGCCCUGAGCCUUUGGCAGCUCACUUGGAGGGUGCGGGUGCUCAGAGCCCUGACUGCGCCCUGCGCAGAGCCGGCGGCCUGGAGCCCGAGUCAUUGCCAGAAGACGCUUUUCCGGAGCGGCAAGAUUCGCCUUUCCUGCCCGAGCUCAACUUCUUUGCCACCGACUCUUGUCUCCAACUGUCCGGAGGCCUUUCCCCCAGUCUACAGGGCUCGCUCGACAGCCCAGUCCCCCUUUCCGAGGAAGAGUUGGACUUCUUCACGAGCACGCUUUGUGCCAUCGACCUGCAGUUUCCCUAACCCGUUUCAUCCCCCGACCCUUUCCACCCCCCCGUCCUCCACUGCGUCUGUUGGGAAAAUCGAGUUUCCUCCACCCCAAUUGCAUUUACUUAUGUGUUUUGCUAAAAUUCAGGUAUUAUUGAAUUAGUGUUUAAUCUACUUCCUUUUUUUUUUGUUUCUCUUUUUAAAAUCACACAGAUAAACUCCGUUUGUUAGACUACUUCCAACGAAAUCUCAGGAAUAAUUAAACUUGGGGGGGGUUCUUAAAAGGAAUUAGAGGGACCUAUUUUCCUCUUUUUUUUUUUACGUUUUAGACUGUAGUUUAUUUAUUAAAAUUCUUUAAUAAUAGGAAAAGGGGAAAGUAUUUAUUGUACAUUAUUUUCAUAGAUUAAAUAAAAUGUCUUUAUAAUA